UGCUAUGUAGCUGAUACCAAGGAGCUGUACGUGAAGGCAACAAUCCUCAAGAAAGACGCUGGCAAAGUCACUGUGAAAGUCCUGGGCACUGAGGAGGAGAGGACAGUUAAAGAGGAUGACGUCUCUCCAAUGAACCCUCCCAAGUAUGACAAGAUUGAGGACAUGGCCAUGAUGACCCAUCUCAAUGAAGCCUCUGUGCUGUAUAACCUCAAAGAGCGUUAUGCAGCAUGGAUGAUCUACACCUACUCUGGAUUGUUCUGUGCCACUGUGAACCCCUACAAGUGGCUCCCAGUGUACGAUGCUGAAUGUGUCAGUGCCUACAGAGGCAAGAAGCGUAUGGAGGCUCCACCCCAUAUCUUCUCCGUCUCUGACAACGCUUAUCAGUUCAUGCUUACUGAUAGGGAGAACCAGUCUGUCUUGAUCACUGGAGAAUCUGGUGCCGGAAAGACUGUGAACACCAAGCGUGUCAUCCAGUACUUUGCAACAAUCUCAGUUGGUGGAGACAAGAAGAGGGACACCUCAAAGGGCUCCCUGGAGGAUCAGAUUAUUGCAGCCAAUCCCCUGCUGGAGGCCUAUGGUAAUGCCAAAACUGUGAGGAAUGACAACUCCUCUCGUUUCGGUAAAUUCAUCAGAAUCCACUUUGGCACAACUGGCAAACUGGCUAGUGCUGAUAUUGAGACAU